AUGAAUGCAUCUUCAAAACCUCGGAGUCGGUUUUAUAUUGAGCUCCCUUCUCUUCUUAAAUCAAAUGUCACAAGACAAGUGUCAACGACUUCUUUAUUUUCUCUAACUGCUGCUCCUCAAAAAUCAUUGUCAGCAGCUUGCAGUCCAAGUAAUGCCUUGGCAUAUGAAUCUGAAGAUGAAGACCGUGAUGCAGUUGAAAAAUUAGAUUUUAAAGAAAAAGAAGGGCAAAUUGAUUUUAUUCAGUCCAUACAAGAAGCCAAAGCAACUCUUCAAAAACGCGUGUCAGGAGAAGAUCUCGUUGAAGGGCACAUUUUAGAGAGAAAAUAUCGAAAUCGGCUGCCAAACCUUGCCAAAAAGAAGAAAGGUAUAGAUUCGCCAAAGUUCACAGCAAGGCAGCGGAUGACCAAAAAACAUGAAGACGAAGGGUUUAAAGAUAAAUGCAGAUAUUUCAAAUUAUACGAAGAAGAGCUUGAAAAAACCUAUGAAAAGCUACUCAGAGAUCUAAGCCAAAUACACAGAAAAAGAGAAGACUUGAGAAGGGAGUGCUUAGAUAUAAAAAAACAGUCAGUCAUUAUAGCAGCUGAAAUAGAAAAAAUUAAAUCCCAAAUUGCAGCUCAAGAAACCAAAGAAAUGAGAAGGAAAAAGCGAACACAAGAAGAAUUCGCCGAGUGAACAUCUCGCAAAGGAACAUUAAAAGACCAGCUUACGAAAAAGCAAGAAGAAGCAGCAGCACUGGCAAUUUCUAUACAAGAAGAAAUUUCUAAAAGAGCUGAACCUCUCGCAUAUCUUGAUUCACAAAGUACUUUAAUUAGAAAGCAGCUUGGUGCUGUAAAAGAUGCUCAAAUAUCUCACUAUUUAAGCUUGCUAAAAGAGGGUAAAGAUACAAGAAGUGAAGGACUCUCAUGAAUAAUAAAACAGCUAUGGAGAUUAAAUCUGGCAGUAAGCCCUGAUAUGUUCCCAAACUUUUUAGACAACGAUGCAAUACACUGCAUAAUAUUUAUAGCACAGAAAAGCCUAGAAGCUGAUCAUUUAUCAGAAGAAAUUGGCAAAAGUGAGAGAAAAGGAUCAUGCAGCUUGAUUAGCAACGAUAAGUGAAAUAAUAUUCACGCCCGGCUUUUCCAAUUGACGAAAAAUGUACAGACACAAAGGCCUAAGAUGGUAUGGGAUAAAGCCAGCAAACAAAUGGUGGUCAUUUAUGAAGAUGAGAAUAAGCCAAAUGAAGACGAAACAAGCAAGCUAAAAAGUGCGACUGAAAGCAAAAUAAAUGAUCAACAAUUGCAAUCAAUUAAAGAAAUCCUCAAAAAGACAAAAGAACUAGAGUUGCAAAGACUGGCACAGGAAUGCAUGCUGAGUAAUUAUGAAGGUAAGUUUAAUAUCACACUCAAAGAGUUGCUAUCUGCAAUUGCUGGAGUCGAAUCGCUUGACCGUUAUAUGGCUGUCAUUACAAAAGAACAAAAACAGUUAAAAGACAGAUUGGAAUCAACUAAAACUUUUUCGUUUGCUCGAAGUUAG